AUGGAUAUUAAUAUAGGAGAAACACUCUUCAUUAUUGUUGGAGCUGCCAUUUCGAUUUCAGUUGGUGAAUUGGUCUCUUGGUUUCUCGUAUAUCGAAAUGCAGAUUACAAGGACCUUGUGUCUAGAAUUGAGACUGCAGUAACGAAGUAUAAUAAAGAGAAAGAGUCAUUUGUGAAAGAAACUAAUGCCAAAAAUCAAGAAAAGAGGCUAGCACAAAUCGAAUCACAAAUUAAAGGAUUAAAUUAUGAAAUGACAUUCAAAAAGAUGAUAUCCAAUGCAGCAGUAGCAAUACUCUCUAUUGUCACGAUUAAUUCAAUUGGUAAUUAUUAUUCAGGGAUUGUUGUGGCCAAAUUGGCAUUUGAACCAUUUUGGAUUUUAUAACAAAUUACUCAUAGAGGACUUAAUGGGGAGGAUUUAACAGAUUGUUCCUAUAUAUUCAUUUAUAUUUUAUCGGCACUCAUUUUUAAAUCUAAUAUACAAAAAAUAUUCGGUUUGGAAGGACCUAAAAUGCCAUUUGGUCCUGGAGGUCCUCAACCUAGUUUGUUCAAAUAGUGAAAUAGAUGCAUUACAAUAUUAUUAAUUAACUUUAUUUAAUUGUUGCUACUA